GACCGCGGCGGGGGCGGCUCGGUGCUGUGCCGCGGCGGGGCAGUGCGGAGCGGCGGCGGCGCUGGGCGAUGCGGAGCGGCCGGGCCCCGGGCAGAUGAUGGCGAUACGCGAGCUGAAAGUGUGUCUGCUUGGAGAUACUGGGGUUGGGAAAUCAAGCAUCGUUUGUCGAUUUGUCCAGGACCACUUUGAUCACAAUAUCAGUCCCACUAUUGGAGCAUCCUUCAUGACUAAAACUGUGCCUUGUGGGAAUGAGCUUCAUAAAUUUCUGAUCUGGGAUACAGCUGGUCAGGAGCGGUUUCAUUCCUUGGCUCCAAUGUACUACAGAGGCUCAGCAGCAGCAGUGAUAGUUUAUGAUAUCACCAAACAGGAUUCAUUUCAUACUUUGAAGAAAUGGGUGAAAGAGCUAAAAGAACAUGGUCCAGAAAACAUUGUAAUGGCCAUCGCUGGAAAUAAAUGUGAUCUUUCUGAUAUCAGAGAGGUACCUAUGAAGGAUGCCAAAGAAUAUGCAGAAUCUAUAGGUGCAAUUGUUGUUGAAACCAGUGCGAAGAAUGCUGUUAACAUUGAAGAACUCUUUCAAGGAAUAAGUCAGCAAAUUCCACCUUUAGAUCCUCAUGAAAAUGGUAACAAUGGAGCAAUCAAACUUGGAAGGCAGACUUCACAGACGGGUAGGCGGUGCUGCUGACCCAACUUGAUCUUUUGAGAUUUACUUGAAAAACAGCUCCAUUUACUCUUUCAUGGAGAAAGGACUUCAUGAUCUCAGUGACGUGGCUCCUUAUCUUGAAAGCAGUAAUUUCAAUACUUCCCGUGAGUAAUAACACAAGGACCAGAAGCAGAAAGCUUUACUUCAGAUGGAUUCUGUAAAACCUACUUGGAAAAUCCUUCCUAAUAUCUUGUCAAAAUUACAGUGUCCAAGUAUUCUGAUGCUCUGUUUCAGCUGAUGACUGUCCUUUUUAAAUAAAAAGAACCUUUUAUAUAAAUUCCAGAUUUGCUACCGAAAAAAUCUUUUUACAUUACAAAGUGGACAUGGCAUGUUUUUAGAGUUUUCUGUUUCGCACUGUGUAAGGGUGCAAAAACGCAUAAAACCUGAAUUUUGGCUCAGUUUCUCUGCCUUGUUAGCUGGACUCUGCUUCUGUAUUUUUCUAGAUCUGUAGCUUCAUCUUAUGCUUUCAGUAAAUACCAGCAAGAAUUGAACUGAAUUUGCUGACUAGAAGAAUGGAUCUGAAGGAUGAGCAAGUGCAGUUUGUUCAGGCUGCAAGUCAACAUCUGUGUCAAGAGGAGCUGUGCAUGAGAAGGAAUUGUCACGAAGGAGGCUGUUGGACCUCACUGCUCUGGAAAGAACUGAAGUAGCAGCAGCUGCACUUUGCUUGAAAUGAUUUUCAAGGCAUACGCUUCAUUAAUUGCUGAAAUUGUUAAAAACAUGAAUACCAGCUUAAUCUCUAUUGCUUACCGAGUUUCUGCCCUAUCUGAGUCCCAGGCUAAGAUUUCUCAGCUUAACAGUCCCACUUCUGUUUCUAAAAGAGUGCCACCCUGCCCCUGUGGGCCAGGACUCCUUUCCUGGCUCGCUCCAAGACAUCCCUGCAAGGCUGUUGGAGAACAACAGUUCUGUGCAAAAAUGGUUUGGGCUUAAAGACUGGAACCUGAUAAAGCAACAUAGAGUGUUUCCUUACAAGUGCAAUUCUCUUCCUUUGUGGAAUAGUCUCUUCAGCAACAUGGGGAUGCAAUAUGAGGAACUACUGCAUGAUGCCUUUGAAGCUUAUUUGCAGCACGUGCUAGAAAAAUAAAUCCCAGAGAUGGCUAUGAACUAGAAAUAAUGUAAAACUGUGUUCUUCACUUCCAUCUCUUAUGAAUAUAUGUGACUGAUUUUGCUUUUUCAUCGGUUCAGUUGGAAAUCUAAACAAGGGUGAAUUCACCUCAUAGUCCAACAUUGAUUUGUUCUCUUAUUGGGAAAAUAGACCUUAUCAUACCUUUUCUGGGGGCCUUAUGAAAAAUAAAAGAGGAAAGUAACCUUCUUCUAUAAAUCAUAAAUAGGCAGGCUAGAGCUGGGCUUCAGUGUUUAUGCAUAAACCCAGACUUUCUUGCUAGGCUGUGUGGUUGCUUUGAUAAAAUAGUACUAAUUAUUAGUGGUUGAACCAGAGCCGAGUCUACUGAAUGGGAUUAUUUCCUUUUCUUUGAAGGGCUUAAAUAAUUAAGAUCAGCUGAGAUGUUUCCCACCUCAUCUUACCUAAGAUCCCGAACUACACUGGUUUUUCACCUAAUAUCCUCUCUGAUUUUGGAUUCUUUUGAAAGCGCUCAUACCUGGAAAUUUGUAAGCACAAACACAAGAGCUCCCAAUAGAAAGGAUAGUUAGGGUGACCUUUCAGUUUUGUCACCUGUGCUGAUCAUGCCACUGCUUAAUUGCAGCAACUGUUCUAUUGACAAUCCAUCGUUGUUCAUAUGAGAAUUCAGCGGUCAUCACAGUCUAUAGUUGGUAAGGCUCCUUUAGGGACCAUCCAAGACAUCUCCACAAGGCUGUUGCAAGAACCACAGUUCCAUUCAAAAAUGAUUUGGGCUUAAAGGCUGGGAUGUAAUAAAGCAAAAUAGAGUGUUUCCUUACAUCCCAUCCCAGUGUGUCUGCUUGGGGAACCCAGGCAACUACAGUAGGGCAGGGGAGUUUACUGUGACCUAAACUAAUAGGAACUGAUCACUAAUACAGAUUAAUGCUAUUGAUGGGAUCUGUGGCUCAUCUGUGAAAGGCUAGACCUGGCAGCAAGAAAACAAGGUGAGGUGGAACCCACAUGUUUUAACACAAAAUUUAGCUCAAUGUGUAGUAGUUAUGCAUAACUGAUUUUUAAGUUUUCAUAGAUCUGUAUGGUAUUUGUCUUCAUAAUAUGAUGUCUCAAAUCUCAUUAAGCCUUACUUGAGAUGGCUGAAGGCUUUGUAAGACAGUUCUGCAAGUACUGUAUACUCCUAAUUUCUGAUACAACUGGCCUUUUAUGCGGAUCUGAAUGGAAUAGAUAUUGUCUUGACCAACCAGUUCUCACAGCUGCCACUGAGCUGCUUGUGAUUCAGAACAGGUUUUUGAGUUCCGCCUUUAAAUAGUGUAAAAUUGGAAAUCAUUACAAUGGAUUUCUGGCAGAUUUUAGAAUUCAAAUACUAGCAAAGUAGGCUCAAAGCUAUUUUUGCAUUAGGUGGGCCAAAUUUCAAUCACCUUGCUCUUCUUUUUCUCACUCGAAUAAGUUCGUAGAAUCUUGGAGUCACAGAAUGGUUUGGGUUGGAAGGGACCUCAAAGCCCACCUCCUGCCAUGAGCAGGGCUGCCACCCACCAGCUCAGCUGCCCAGGGCCCAUCCAACCUGGCCUUGAGUGCCUCCUGGGUUACGGUGAGCUUCAGCAGAGUACUCUGGAGUCUCGUGUAAAAGCAGCAAGGCACGGUGCUGUGUAGUAGCUUGUGUUUACUUUUAAGAUAGGGCCAAACUUCAGUGAUGAUGUCAGUUAUCUGCUGUUUGUCAAAGCUGAAGUGUAGCUUUAGCCUUCCUCUUCCACACUCUUCCAUACUUGUGGGUGAAUGGUUGGCUUAAGAAAUAGUGAUCUUCGCAUGUAAAAUUUUUGCUUUCUUUUGUUGCCUUUGUUGUUUGGAAAGUAAGCACCACCACCUUCAUAAACAGCCAGAGAAACGACAGACAAGCAAACAAUCUCCGAGUCAAAACUUUCAGCAGCGAUCGUAACUACCUACUGGUUAAUGGCUGGUUGAAAGCUAUGUGACUGUGCAGGAGCACUGAACUCUGUCACUGCUCGGCUCUCCUGGCAGCGAUAAGAACAGUGUGCAGUUCUUCAUUGGCCAGCCGGUGCUGGCUCUGUCGGAGACUGCUUGACUCAUGCGAGCUGGCAGCAGGACCGGGGUGCACUGCGGUGCCAGGUGUGUUUGAUGGAGUCUGUUUGCACUGUGACUCACAGCUGUGACUCUCCAACUGCAGGUGACUCGCUUUUCCGGCUUGUCGUGAGCUUGUUUGAAAACAAUAAUAGUAGAAGAUGAUGAAGGAACUUGUUUUCAUGUACACUCUGCAUAUGAGUGUGUAUGUAAGUACAGUUUUUUAUUGUUACGCUGACAAGUGGUGUAUUUUUUCACUAUGGCUGAGUCUCAUAUACUGAACUUUGUAUUCUGUAAGUACAUUUUUUGUUUAUGGUCAUUUUGCCUUUAUGAAGUUAAAGCUGCAGGCCGAGGGUAGCAAGAAUGUGAAGAUACACAUAGGUACAAUCGUUGAUGUGCCGUUUUUAUGCAUGAAAAUGGCAUAUUGUGAAAAAGUUGGCCUUGCAGCUGAGAAAUAUAGAAAAGGUCAUUGUUAUUCAAGAUUUGGCACUUGGAAAUGUUAAAGUUACGCUGAAAAAAAAAGCUGAUUAUUUUUAGUCAUGGUACAGCAGGUCUAUCUGAAGUGCUAAAACAUACCAUGGGUAUAUAUUAAUUACUAGGAAGGUUACCUAUUGCCCCUUGUCUCCUCAGUAAUUUUUCAUGGUGCAUGAUGGCGUGCAUUAUUAGAUCAUAACGAGAGCAUUCUCUCUACACUCAGACCUUUUCAGUGCAGUGAUGAUGUAGUUUACUACUCUACCCUUAACUAUUUAAGCCAGAGUCAGUGGUAAAUUGUCAGUUUAAAAUCACUUUCCAAGUACUCUUCCUCUGUUUUGUUUAUGUAAGGGCUUCGAUUGGGCUGGACCCACUUGCUUCAUAUAUGGGAUGCUGCAAUCUGUUAAUACUUUACCUUCCGUUUUACAUAUUAAUUGUAUCAUACCUAAUAAUAUUUUUGCCCUAAGAUGUACCUUCCGUGUUUUAUUUAACCUACAGUGAUUAACGCUAAUAAAUGGUUUAAAUGCCUCUGACUUGAGGACGCCUGGUUUCAAUAAAGCAGAACAACAGAGGUCCCAUUUUUCUCAUUAUUUGCUCUCCAAAAAUGGCUGUUUCCAGUCUGCGUGUUGCCUAACUGGGAUUUAAAAGAAUGUUGCUUGAAACAUGCACAGCUGGUCUCUCGGCAGAGCUGAAUGCAUUCCGGGAGGAUCCCAAAGUGCAGGUGGACUUUGAAAAAACAGAAAGUGUGAGAAUCCCUUUGCUAGAAGUUGUUUGACUUAACCCAUUAGAAGAGCAGUUCAUCCCAGCAGGGAAAUUUGGAACAGUGGAUGUUGGGAAAAA